UAGUUCUUCGGAAGCGAGGUCGGGCGGCUCCCUGGCCGCCCUGUACCGGCGGCUAGACUGCGCAUGUGUGUCAGUGGCGUUAGCGGAGGACCAGGCUGGCAGUUCCUUCCUCGGAAGGAGAGAUUCCUCUGCCAUGGAGUCCUACGAUGUGAUCGCCAACCAGCCUGUCGUAAUCGACAACGGAUCCGGUGUGAUUAAAGCUGGUUUUGCUGGUGAUCAGAUCCCCAAAUACUGCUUUCCAAACUAUGUGGGCAGACCCAAACAUGUUCGUGUCAUGGCAGGUGCCCUUGAAGGCGACAUCUUCAUUGGCCCCAAAGCAGAGGAGCACCGAGGACUGCUCUCCAUCCGCUACCCCAUGGAGCACGGCAUCGUCAAGGACUGGAACGACAUGGAGCGCAUCUGGCAAUACGUCUAUUCUAAGGACCAGCUGCAGACUUUCUCAGAGGAGCAUCCUGUGCUCCUGACGGAGGCACCUUUAAACCCGCGGAAAAACCGGGAACGAGCUGCUGAAGUUUUCUUCGAGACCUUCAAUGUGCCAGCCCUUUUCAUCUCCAUGCAAGCUGUGCUCAGCCUUUAUGCCACCGGCAGGACCACGGGUGUGGUGCUGGAUUCUGGGGAUGGCGUCACCCACGCCGUGCCCAUUUACGAGGGCUUUGCCAUGCCCCACUCAAUCAUGCGCAUCGACAUUGCUGGCCGGGACGUCUCUCGCUUCCUUCGCCUCUACCUGCGCAAGGAAGGCUAUGAUUUCCACUCAUCCUCCGAGUUUGAGAUUGUCAAGGCCAUAAAAGAAAGAGCGUGCUACCUAUCCAUAAACCCCCAGAAGGAUGAGACACUAGAGACGGAGAAGGCACAGUACUACCUGCCCGACGGCAGCACCAUUGAGAUUGGUCCUUCCCGAUUCCGGGCACCUGAGCUGCUGUUCAGGCCAGACCUGAUCGGCGAGGAGAGCGAGGGCAUCCAUGAGGUGCUGGUGUUCGCCAUCCAGAAGUCUGACAUGGACCUGCGGCGCACACUUUUCUCUAACAUCGUCCUUUCGGGAGGCUCCACCCUGUUCAAAGGUUUUGGUGACAGGCUAUUGAGUGAAGUGAAGAAAUUGGCUCCGAAAGAUGUGAAGAUCAGGAUAUCUGCACCGCAAGAGAGACUGUAUUCCACAUGGAUUGGGGGCUCCAUCCUUGCCUCCCUGGACACCUUUAAAAAGAUGUGGGUCUCUAAGAAGGAAUACGAGGAAGACGGUGCCCGAUCCAUCCACAGGAAAACCUUCUAAUAUUGGGACAUCAUCUUCACCUCUCUCUGAAGUUAACUCCACUUUAAAACUCGCUUUCUUGAGUCGGAGUGUUUGCGAGGAAUUGCCUGUGUGUAUGAGUGUGUGUGUGGGUGUGUGGGUACGAGCGUGUGCGCAUAUGCGAGUGCCGUGUGGCCCGGGGAUCCCAGGGAUCCCGGGGCCCAGAAAGGACGAUGAACUACCCACGAUGGUGACGGCCUGAGACCUGGGGUUGACCACUAACUGGCCCCUGACGAGGGACCUGCUCCGUCAGCGGGGUCUUUGGCUGGCUGUGUGGGACUAUGUUUACUACCAUAGGGAGACAGAGAGGGAGGUAAACCCAACCCCCGAGACCUUGCUGCUGCCCAUCCUAGGCUGGGCCAGCCCCACCCCUACCCCACCCAGGGUGCUCUGUGGCCCAAGGCAGCUGCUGCCUCCCCUUGCUCAUCAUUCUGCUCUCGAUGCCUCUUGAUCACAGACUGAGGGCCAGGGUUGAGUUCUGUCUGGUUUUGUUGCAGUCUGGGUUUAGAAAGCUGGAAAAGCACUCCAGGAGCGGUUACUGAGACUUCGGUAUCAGGAGGGGGCAGGAUGCCCUCAGCUUCACCUGGAGACCAGGACCACACUGGGCAUUUGAGGAGGGCAGGAGUAGUGCUACUUCUGAUGGGUGGCAGAGUUAAUACUCUAACCCCCAACCCCCAUCCGGGGAUCUCGGGAGAGUUUCAGGAGCCUGUUGGCCCCAGGCCCUUGCUUUCCAUCCAUCCAUGGGCAAAGCCAUCUUCAGUUUUAUUUAUUGAAGUGUUUGUUCAGUACAGGGACUGGAGCGAGGGAGCUCACUGCCUCCUGCCCGCCAGUCACCCUGUUCACACUAACGUUUACAGCACCUAAGCUUAGCAUAGCGUCCAGGGCCCCGCCACUCCCUGCUAACAGUGAACUGACAGUAUCCAUAGGCCUCAGGACCAUUUGGGAUCAGAGGCUACACUCAAAGUCACUCCAGCCUCUUUCUUUCUCCCUCUUCCACUUGCUCACCACCCUGGAAUCAACAGGCUGGUUGCUGGUUGGAUUUUCUGAAACAGGAGGUAGAAUCACCCUUUGGCAGAGGCUGCUAGCAAAGGAGGGGUGUUGGGGAUCCAGCCUCCUUAGGACUGGAGAAAGAUCUGCAAUUAAGUUGCCUUUUCCCACGCUAGCUGACCCAGGGGGGACUAGGUUGUAGAGGCGAGAUGGCCCCCUCUGGGCUGAUUUGUGCCAUUCUUGUCUUUACAUUUGUUUGGUUAGGGAGGGGCCAGACCAGAGUGCCAGGAGCUGAUGGGCUCAGGCUCACCUCCUCUGGUCCAGUGGGGCCAGGUGCCUGCCCUGGACUGGGCUGGCCUGGCAGUGGUCCCAAGGCUCUUCAGGCCAGAUGGUGCAAAGCUGGGGCUAGCAGAUACUCACCGGCACCCUCACCUGUGACACCAAGACCUGCCCUGAUCCCAGAUUCCAGGCAGUAUUCUCCCCCAUGCCGUCCAAUGACCAAAGGCCCUGCCAGGUGUGGGCCGCAGCAGCAGGUGUGUGUGAAAGUGAUGUGGCGACCCACAGACUGCAGUGUGCUUAACCAGCUCACCUCCCCCGCCCUUAGCCCAAGCCUGUCCCUCGCACAGCCUCGCACAAACCACGUUGCCUGGUGGGGCCCAGUGUACUUAAAUAAACUCGUUCCAAUAGACA